UUCCAUCAGUAAUUCGAAUAUUUACUCAUAAGAAAUAUCACCUUCUGGCAGAGUAAAUAUCAGUGAUUAAGGAAAAAUAAAAGAAAUAAAUAAAACACUACUAUUAUUUUCAUUAAUUUUGUGCCCAUAUUGCACCAGCAGCCGUCAUAAAAUUUACUGAAAAACGAAAAAAACCCAUAAAAAUUGCAAAUUUAUUUAAAAUAUAAAAAUUAUAGAUUGUAUAUUUUAAUUAUUUUACUCAAAAUGGUUUUUAACGAUAAAUUUAAUUUAAUAAUUGUUUUAUUUAUGGGAAUUAUUUUGACUUUAAAUAAUUAUUCUGAUGGAGCACAUCUUAUGAAUUUAAGCGAAAAUCAAAGAGCUUGUGGCCGACAAUUAGCUGAUUUAUUGCAUGUUGUUUGUCAAGGUCGUAUGAAUAAAAUUCGAACAAAAAGAGCUGAAUUUAUUAUAAUGGAUGAUUAUAAUUCAAAUGACAAUGAUAAUAUGAUGAUUGAUGAUGAAUACGAUAUUCAAAAUCAUUUGGGUGAAAAUACAUUUUUAACAAAAUUAUCAGGAGGCGGUAAUACUGGUGUUUUAUAUCCAAGAGUUCGCCGUUCAUGGUUAGGAAUUUCUGAUGAAUGUUGUAAAAAAUCAUGUUCAUACUUAACACUUAAAAGUUAUUGUUCAUAGAUUAAUAUGAUCGGAAAGCAAACCAAAAAAUAAAAAGAUACCUUAAAAGUUUUGUCAAAUAAUUGUUGUUACAUUCCUAAAAAUUAAAAAAAAAUAAACUACAACAAAAUCUAUUCAAAAUCAUAACUUAAUCAUAAAUUAUUAUCGUUCAUUCUAAUAUUUUGUUCCAAUAUAUUAGAAUUGAAGGUGCGCGUGUUUAUUAAAAAUGAAUAAAAAAAUAUAUUAAAAAAUUUCUGUAUUAAAUUGAAACAAAAAAAGAAAACAAUAAUGAAAUAUAAAUAGAUUUUGUUUUUAUUUAAAUAAAAAUAUUUGUAAUGUUUUAUUAAAAAUUUAAUAAUUUAUUAAAUAUUCAAGAUUAUUAAAAUAAAAAUUCUCUGGAAAAGAAUAAAAAUUUAAAACAAAAUUUACAACUAUGCGAAAUGCUUACACUAAAUACCU